CUUAAACAAGCUGAACUAUGCUCCGAUUGGCAUAUGUUGCAUUAUGGUUUAAAGAGAGUACGAGAUUGUUGUACUGUUACUUAGUUUAUAUUGAGAGUUACAGCAAUUAAAGCUUUAUGACCUUGCUUGAACAUGAUGUGUUCUCUAGGUUGUAUAACUAUAUCCUUGAGUUCUAAAUAAUUAAAGCUUUACGGAAAGGCAUUAUUGGUCCUUUUCUCUAUUUUUUUUUUAUUCCGAAUUUUUAAUUUACCAUUACAAUUUUGUGAUUUCCAUUUACGUUAAACUUAUCUGUUCAGAGGAGGAAGUUAGGUAGGUAUUGUAGAAAAUGGAUCGGUUACUUAUGAUGCAUUCUCUCAACUGUCAUAGGAGCACCCAUCUUUAUGUUUGUCUACUUUAGGGCGACCCUUCAUCUUCAAUAAGGCUUAGUAUGCAACGUAUAUCUGUACCAAUAUUGAAAUGCCUGAUUUUGGUUCAAUCAUAAGAAUUUUUGCCCCUGCAAAGUGCUGUUUGCUAUAGCCUAUAGUUGUGAGUUGGGAAACAGGACACUCAAUUUCCUUGUAAAUGUUUAUUAGCAGUCCGCUCAUAUGAGAGAAUUUGUUUGGCUUAUAGUUCUAGUUUGAUGAUCAGCAGUAGUGCACUUGCUUUUGUGCUUUCUUGGGUAAAAAAAAUAAUUUCAACUAGGAAUUUCUUGGUAUAGUUGUGCUCUGACUUAUGUCGCAGUGUCAUCAUUGUCUUGUGCUUUUAAGUUUUUCUCAUCAUCUUCUCCACUGAAACAACCUGUUACACAAAAUUGCACGUCGGACUUCAGUGUGACACAUCCCGGUCGGUCUAAGGGGUCAUAUGAUUGACUGCCAUGAUCGUUCCUUUUUCUUUUUAACUUCUAAAGGAAACAUAUGCUCUCUCACGCACUGACCUUUCUGUCUUUUCUGCAGUCAUCAGAAUCAUAUAUCCAGCACAUGUUUCUAGAUGACUAAAAGAAUGGAAUCGUAUGGCCUGCUAGGCCAAAGAAGGGAUGUAAAGCACAAAGGAAGGAAUGUUGUUUGGUCAGUUGCAAUGGACAAGUGCCUUAUUGAAGCUCUUGCUAUUCAGGCCAGAAAUGGGAAUAAAAUUGACAGAUGCUUUAAUGAAAAUGCAUAUACAGCUGCAUGUAUUGCUGUCAAUAGUCAUUUUAACUUAAACUUGAACAACCAGAAAGUUAUUAAUCGUCUAAAGACAAUUAAGAAGAGGUACAAAGUAAUCAAGGAUAUUCUUUGUCGAGACGGGUUUCGGUGGAAUCCGACUUCGAAGAUGAUUGAGUGUGACAGUGAAGACCUUUGGAAGAGAUAUGUGGCAGCACACCCCGAUGCGAGAGGAAUCAGAGGGAAGCCAAUAGAGAUGUAUGAUGAACUAAACAUUGUUUGUGGCAAUUAUCAGGCUCCGAGUCGAUGGGCGAAGAUGAAGGACGGAAACCAUUCACUGCAGGUCAGGAAUUUUGAGGAAGAAUCUGCAUCAUUUCACUCCCCAAGCUCUGAAGAUCUUAGUGAAACAGAUGAUACAGAGUCAUAUACUGGACCAUCUGAAUAUGCAGAACUGCCCAAUGGCAGUCAGGACCCUCUACCAAACAACCCGACGAGACAACAUCCAAAGAGACCACGGGCAUCUGAGGCUCUCCAAGAUGCAAUGCUGGCUGUGGCAUCCAGCAUUCGUCGUCUGGCCGAUGCCAUGGAACUGAGCAAACACUCGAUAGAUGCCAAGGAACUCUUAGAAGCCGUAAUGGAGGUUGAUGGUUUGGAGGAGGCCAAACAGAUGUACGCCUUCGAAUAUUUGAACGCCGAUCCAGUGAAAGCCCGAGCGUUCUUGACAUAUAACGCUCGAAUGAGGAAGAUCUAUCUGUUUCGCCAAUUUUGGUGGUGGAAGUAAUCAGCAGGUGUCGUUUGAUUCCUGUGUACCAUGUGAGAUUAUAUUGAACUUGUUUUAUGAUUAUUUACACAUUAUUGGAACCAGAUCUGACUGGUACUGUGAAUGUAAAUGUAUAGAUAAUUCAAUUGAAGAGAUGCAGACAUUGCAGAAGUUUUAUUGCUUCCAAUUCUUGUAGACUCAAAAUGAUGUAGGUUGGAUA